UUCACCUAACUUAAAAACAGACGUUUCUCUUUCGUUCUCUUUCCAGUCUCCAGUUGUGAGUUUGGGCUCAUCUUUCCACGCAGAGUAGACGAACAGAAGCAUGGCUUCACUCUCUUCCAACAGUGACACCGAUCAGGUCCUGGUAGAGGAGACCGGAUGUGUGAGAACGUUCAUACUAAACAGACAGAAGCAGUUGAAUGCGCUUUCUUCUGCAAUGGUAUCUCGCUUAUUAGAACUUUUCCUAGCCUGCGAAAAAGAUUCAAAUGUCAAGUUGAUUGUUUUGAAGAGCAGUGGAAGAGCAUUUUGUGCUGGUGGUGAUGUUUCAGCUGUAGUUCAUGAUAUUAGACAAGGUAACUGGAAAUUGGGUGCAGAAUAUUUUAGAAAGGAGUUCACCAUGAACUAUGUAAUUGCGGCUUAUAGCAAACCCCAGGUUUCCAUUCUUAAUGGAAUUGUCUUUGGAGGGGGAGCAGGUGCUAGUAUACAUGGUAGAUUCCGAGUUGCUACAGAGAAAUCGGUUUUUGCUAUGCCUGAAACAGCUUUAGGACUCUUCCCGGAUGUAGGUGCCUCCUACUUUUUAUCAAGACUUCCUGGGUUCUUUGGAGAAUAUCUUGGGUUGACUGGUUCUAGGUUGGAUGGUGCUGAAAUGCUUGCAUGUGGUCUUGCAACUCAUUUUGUCCCUUCAGAGAGGUUGUUACCAUUGGAAGAAGCACUACAUAAUAUCAAUUCAAGUGAUCCAACAAUUAUUUCUGCCAUUAUCAGUGAGUUUUCACAAGUACCAAAAUUGAAAGAAAAGAGCCCGUAUAACCAUUUGAAGAUUAUUGAUCGCUGUUUCUCUCGAAGAACCAUUGAAGAAAUCAUGGUUGCACUUGAAAGUGAAGCUGCAAAUUACAAGGAUGAUUGGAUUUCUUCUGCAAUUCAAUCACUGAAGAAGGCAUCACCUACAAGCCUUAGAAUUUCUCUAAGAUCGAUAAGGGAGGGGAGGCUGCAAGGUAUCGGUACAUGCCUCAUCCGUGAGUUUAGAAUGGUUUGCCAUGUGUUGAAAGGAGAGUUUUCCAAGGAUUUCGUUGAGGGUUGCAGAGCUAUACUCUUGGACAAGGAUAGAAAUCCCAAGUGGGAGCCAUCCAAGUUGGAACUAGUCAGUGAUGAUAUGGUCAGUCAUUACUUCAGUAAGGUAGAAGAUAAAGAUUGGAAAGAUCUGCAGCUGCCAGGCAGACCAUGCUUGCCUUCUUAUGCCAUUGCAAAGCUCUAAGCAAUUAAUUAUAAUAAAAUAUUUUAUUUUAUAUACAUUUUGUGGUGGCAUACACCAAAAGUGAAUAAAUACUUGUUACUGUGUGAGGAACAUAAGCAGCGAACAAAAUAUUGAACGUUAUAUGUGAAUGAACGUAACUCACAUGUUAACGUUCAUUCUGGUGCAUAUCAGAAUGGGCAAUUUGUAUAUCAAGCCAUCAGGCUUACAAAGCUUGGUUCAUCCUGUA